UUUGCGAAUUUAAAGGGCAGUGGUUAUGCUGACAGCGUUCCCCAACCCGCCCCGACAACUGGUCGUUCAGUACGAUCGUCACUAGUUACCACUCCCAGAAAGUCAGAAACCCUUCUUAUUUCAACAAUUUACCUUCCUAUAAUGUGAUUUUAACCUGAACUCUAACCCUAAAUUAAGAAUUAAAAGCAAUUGUAUUUAUUUAUGAAUUGUUUCGCUAUAGGUCACAUGUUCCGUUCAAUUGAACGUUCCAAACGUAAAAACGUACUGAACGCAGCCCAGGCAGCGGUGUGUUCAGAGCUGAUGGCGGGUCGCGGACCGCAGAACUGGCCGGUGGAGAGGAGGGGAUAACGUGGCUUUUUUUUUUAGUCCACAAGUUGUGAGAUCGAAAAUUUAACUUCGACAAGGCUUGACCAGAUUACAUUCACUGAAUGAUUUGAAACUCUCCGGCUUUGAUUUCUUUAUCAAGCGGGUAGCUACGGUAGUGUAGGCCUCAAGCCUCGGAUAAAGUUGUCGUCUGAUCCUGGGAUUGGGAAACCAAGAAAGAUCUCUCACGCCAGUCCCAUCUCGGACAAUUGGGAAUCCCUGUUCGGAAACUCUUUGCGAUCCAUGCUUGGAAGAACUAGCUUGUGGCAUAUGAGUGGAGUAGUUUUUUUUCUUCUUUAAAUGAUUGUUUAAACGGCAGCUCCGGAGGCGUUGCUGCAUAUUGGCAAAGUUAUUAAAGGGACGAGCUAACUAGUUCAUCUAUCCUACAGACAAUGUUCCAUUGCUGAUAGCUGAUUUCGCAAAGGAAUGCCGAAUGGAUGAAUGGGCAACCGCUUGUAAUGCUCGGAUUUAGACAGCUGCUUGAUGAUGACCUCAGUGUUUACAAACAAUUAGUUUUGUUAGUUAACAACCCUGUAAAUAAAAGAGCAUAGAGCACUCGAACAAACGUCGAUUUUUUUAUUUUGCUGUGCAGCCAGCAAUCUGAUUCAUGGUGCGGACGGAGCACACACUCAGAUGGCCAGGGUUGCAAUUUAUUGACAUUACUGGUCAACAAUUUAGUUGACCAUUUACGUGUUUCUCUCAUCUCUGUUUUAAUUACAGACGUGUUUUUUUUUUAAUCCUAGGACUUGUAGCUGAAUCAUAUGCUUAUGUAAUGUAUGUAUGCAGCAGUAAAGCUAAAUAUCUGGCAGCCUUGAUUUGAAGGAACUUAGCACUACUUAAAUAGUGUUGAGGUUAUCCCAGGUUUGGAAUGGGGAAUACGGUUUCAUGCUGCGUGUCGCCCGAGGAGAGCCCAAAGCUACCAAGGCAACCGGUGGACCGCCACGAAGACUACCAAAUAAUUACGGACGUGAGUGACGACACCGGCCCGUACCUGCAGCACAUCAGCGACAGAGAAGUCCCUGACGAACUGGCCCAGGAGUCCAACCCAUCAGACCAUGCCCGAGCCAGCACCAUCUUCCUCUGCAAGUCCCAGACAGACAGCGAAUUGCGAGACAAGAGGAAAAGCAAUCACAUUAACCAUGUUAGUCAUACCUCUCCUCUCUCUAAGAAGUACAGUUCCUGUUCCACCAUCUUUAUAGAUGACAGCACGGUCAGCCAGCCCAACUUGAAAAGCACAAUUAAAUGUGUUACAUUAGCAAUAUACUACCACAUUAAAAACAGGGACUCAGACAGGUCACUGGACAUUUUUGAUGAGAAGAUGCACCCCUUAUCGAGAGAGCAGGUCCCUGACAACUACUCUGUUAUGGACCCUGAGCACAAACUCAUCUACCGCUUUGUCCGAACUCUGUUCAGCGCUGCACAGCUCACUGCAGAGUGUGCCAUCGUCACCUUGGUGUACCUGGAGCGUCUGCUGACCUACGCUGAGAUAGACAUCUGUCCCUGCAACUGGAAGCGUAUCGUACUGGGAGCCAUCCUGCUGGCCUCCAAGGUGUGGGACGACCAGGCCGUGUGGAACGUAGACUACUGCCAGAUCCUCAAAGACAUCACCGUGGAGGACAUGAACGAGAUGGAGCGUCACUUCCUGGAACUUCUGCAGUUCAACAUCAACGUCCCGGCCAGUGUUUAUGCUAAGUACUACUUUGACCUGCGAUCUCUGGCCGAGGACAACAACCUCCUCUUUCCCCUCGAGCCACUCAGCAACGACAGGGCGCAGAAACUGGAGGCCAUCUCCAGACUGUGUGAAGACAAGUACAAGGACCUGAGCCGAGCAGCCAUGAGGAGGUCCUUCAGCGCUGACAACCUGGUGGGCAUCCGCCGCUCCAACGCUGUGCUCUCAUAGGCCAGCCACACUUCAGCGUUGUGCUCUCAUUAGUCAGCGACAAAUCUGUCACUCCAACACUGCUCUCAUAGGACAGCCACACUCCAACAUUGUGCUCUCACUGGACAGACACAAUGGUGGAGUUAAUUUCGCAUGGCCCUGUGCCCCGGGUGGGGGAACUUUGCUCAUUUUAGACUUCCAUUGGUCCUUAAGUGAAAAGCCCACCUGCCUGGAGCACUGAGCCAUGCAAAAUCAACUCCACCAAUAUCUGACCUCUACAGCCCAACCAACACCCCAGGAUACCCGCCACACACCCAGCCCCUCAGAGACUGGUCGAGGCAGCACCAUUGGCCCUGCCUGUCCCGUCCCAGACCCUCUGAGAGACUGGUCGAGGCAGCACCAUAGGCCCCGCCUGUCCCGUCCCAGACCCUAAGCGCAAAAUAACUUCUUCACUACAUAGAAAGAAGGGGGAAAAUACUUUUUUUUGGUGCUUACUAUGUAGGCUACUAGCUGUGAAAUGUACCUGUUUUUAAAUGGAAAAUAAUUUGGAGAUGGAGUAUUUUAAAUAAACACUAAACAUGUAACAAA